GCCGGCUGGCCACCUUUGCUGUCUGUCAUUGCAGUGGCAACGCCAUCAGCAAAUUACAUAUUUUUCUGCACAAAACAAAGCAUUAAAAAAAUAAUUCGAAUAAAAUAGAAUUAAGUAUGGAUUUGAACAUGAAACCCUCUCUGGCUGCUGACGAAAUGUUUUCCGAAGGCCCUGGCUACAUGGAAAUGGACGAGUCCGGCGGAGCCACAGGAAUGAUGAUGGACCACCUGCCGUCCAGCGAAAAGCACGUCCACGCUGACUUUUACAAUGAUUUCGAUGAUCUGUUCGACGACGACAACUGGGCCAAGAUGAAAACCGAUGGGAAACAGUAGAUGCCACCACACAAUGUAUGGAUUGAAAGCAAUUCGUUUUUCUCUUUGUAAUUUUACUGCACAAUCAUCAGCGAUCAUCGGUGUAUAAAAAA